AUAGAUUAGGUACCUAGGUAGCCUUGCAACUAUCUCAUUCUGCUGGACUCCGAACCUGAUGUGUUGGGUAUCGCUAACGGGUCUUAUAGAUGGGUGCGCUUGAUCCUUCCGUGGGCGGUCAGUUCGUCAGGGAUGUUCUGCAGGGGAAGCGGGACGAAGAUGCUGGGAAGGUUGUUAGGUCAAGCGGUAUUCAGCCUUGGUAAACUACCUAACACAUUCUAGAUAUCGUGCGGCCAUGUGCUACUACCAUAGGAGGUACCUUGAUGUCUUUCACUCAAAGACAAUUCUAAGUUGGUCGAGUACCUGUAUCUAUAUGGCGGCGCAACCCUAUCGACCUGAGUUUCUUCUUCGUCGUAGCGUCGAUACUGGUGAUCAUUGGGAGAGCCAUUGUCAACGACUUUUAUUUGAAAUACGGAAUGACCAACGAUGUAUUAUUGGAUGACGCGCACUUCUCUGACCAUCACGACACAAGUCAUUUGAAAACCGGCAGCGUUCUUGUCCUUGUAGCAAGAGUUUUACUCACAGUAGCUCUUUGGCUUCAAAUGUGCCUUCUGCUCUUGUUCUAUUCCAGGAUAACAUCCGGAAUAGAUUGGGCAGACCGCCUCACCAGGACAGCUUGGGUCGCAAUGAUCCUAACUUCCGUUGCUGUCAUAUUCGCAACCUUCCUCGAAUGUCGUCCAAUUAGCUUAUACUGGCAAACGAACCCCGACCCAGGACACUGCGUGCGAGCUUACAUUCAAAUACUUAUCCAAAGAAUCUCCAACAUUCUCAUCGAUUUGCUACUCCUCUUCAUUGCAUACCCCUUGAUUUGUUUGAAGAGACGGAGCUUAUCGGAGUACAUUUCCCUCUACUCACUAUUUGUGCUUGGUACUUUAUGUAUGAUUAUCACCAUCGUAAGGCUAGUCCUAGUAUUCAACGAGGACUCUUCGCAAACUACGCGCAGUCUAUGGGCGUCGGUUCAAAUGUUCGUCUCGUGUUUCGUUGCAAACGCGCCAACUAUUUACGGCUCUUUGCGAGUUGCUCGACGGAACAGAUCCGGCCAGAGAAGUGAACCUCAUUAUACUAACGAAGAAACGGUUAGUCGGCCGUCACGUCUCGGAUGGGAAUCUUGGAUAAAGAUGGACGAGGAGAUUGCCCUUACAACGACUACUACUUGUGUGCGAUAUAAUCCGACGCCCCCAUGCCCUGCAGUGAUAUCCUAACGACGAUAUUCUCCAAACAUUGUAAUCCCGUUCAUAAACUCGGUCGCAUUUACGUCUCGUCACUUAUACCUCGGAUGCAUAAUCGAGACUACCUACCUGGUAUGAGCAUCAACAUAGUAUCGGGUAUAUAAAGAGGACGCCAUAAUAAGAAAAGAGUUUAUAGACAAGAAGAA